UGAGGUCAUGAUAUUAGAGAAAGCAGAGAAGGGCUUUGUUGAAUAUAAGGGAAAGAAAAGGGGCAAUUUCAUAAUCUCAAACCCUAUAUAAGAAGCCACACCUAUCUAUCUUUCUCCCCACACCAACAUAGACUUAUUAUAUAGAAGAAGCAGAUCCAACUGAAAUUAAUUAAAUCAAAAUAGUUAUCAUCACAAAAGAAAAAGAUGUCUCUGGUAACAGAAGAAAUCAAAGCUAGGUCAGAGGUGUAUCAUGGAGACGAAAUGUGUCAGGUGAAGUCGAAGGAGCUUCUAAAGGAGAUAGAACUUCCCAACGGUCUGCUGCCAUUGAAGGACAUGGAGGAGUGCGGUUACGACAGAGGAACGGGGUUCGUGUGGCUGAAGCAAAAGAAACCAUACACGCACAAGUUCGAGAAGAUUGGGAAGCUUGUGUCGUACGCGGCGGAGGUGACGGCGCAGGUGGAGAAAGGGAAGAUCAAGAAGCUGACCGGAGUGAAGACGAAGGAGAUUUUGCUGUGGGUUUCGCUCAGUGACAUCUACGUUGAUGACCCUCCCACCGGCAAGAUCACUUUCAAGACGCCUGCAGGGCUAUUCAGGUCUUUUCCUGUCUCUGCCUUCGAGAUUGAGGAAGAGAAAGACAAGUCCGACGAUGUCAAGGCUUCCGCCGCCGCCGCCGCCACCACCACGCAGGUCGAUGAAGCCGUUCAGGUCAAGGAGGUCUGAAUCAAUCAAUCAAUCAAUCAACCAAUCAACCAAUCGUGUUGAUUUGUUCUUGUUUACUUUUCUUUACUAUCAUCUCAGAUUCCGUUCUGUGCUGUGUUGAUUUGUUCUUGUUUACUUUUCUUUACUAUCAUCUCAAAUUCCGUUCUGUGCUGUUUAGUUGUUCUACGCAUAUCAUCAUUUAUGUUCUACUAUUAUUAUUAUUAUUAUUAUUAUUAUUAUUAUUAUUAUUAUUAUUAUUAUUAUUAUUAAUUAUAAAAUGUGAUUAAUUCCAA